AUGUUUCUAAAUAAUGUUUCUGUAAACCUGAUUAGGAGUAUUGCUUCUAUUUCUGUAACAUCUUUGUCUUUAAUGAUAAAUAAAUUUAAUAAAAAGUUCAUAUUUGGUAAUUAUGUUAAAAACUUAUCUUUAUGA